CGCAAGUGGUACAGUCCACUGGUAAAAUUCCGAGAAUUGCGAACUGCGUGUUCUCAGAAUAGUUCUUCCAAGAACUGUCUUCGCCGGACACUUCCAAGAAAAACAGAUCAGGUGGACAACAUGUCAAGUGCAGCAGACGGCUGCAUCAAAUUCACUCGGCAUGCCGGUGAUGUGCUAUUCAACUUCAACCGGCUGCGCAGCAGAAACAUCCUGACUGAUAUCACCAUUCUGGUGGGUGGACAGCAAUUCCCGGCACAUAAGACAGUUCUGAUGGCAUGCAGCGGCCUCUUUUACUCUAUGUUUGCCGACACCCACAAAAGCAACCUGAGCUUCAUAAGUUUAGAUCCGAAGGUGGACCCCACUGGCUUCGCCAUACUGUUGGAGUUUAUGUAUACGUCUUGUCUCACCCUUAAAGAUAACUUCAUUAUAGCCACACUCAACACAGCCACAUACCUACAGAUGGACCAUGUGAUGGACACGUGCCAGAGGUUCAUGGAAUCCAGGGGCUUGUGUGUGAAGCAGACAGAUCAUGGAUGUUUAACUCCAGAAGCUCCAUUCAUCUUUAAUGAUGCCCUGAACACCCCGUCCAUCAGAACUUACGGUCCACCCAGUCUGCACUAUGCAGACAGCACUUCCACUGACAGCCCUACCCGCUUCUAUAGACACCUUCCUCUCCCCCUGGAGACGUUAAACACCACGAACCCCCUGUGGCAGAUCCCAAAGACGGGCAUAACAACCCACCCGCAGCACUCCCUGCCAGACAGUGGAGUGACUACUGGAAGACCCAUAGAAACCAGAGAGGAGAGGAACCAUCCGUCUGUGCUCUUCCAGUCAGCUCGGGCUGAGGGAGACAGGAAGGGAGCUCCAGGUGUGAACUCGGAGGUAGAGAACAUAGAGCCAUCUGACAGCAGUGGUCCUCAAAGCCCUCUUAGAUCAGACUGCCAGCCCAACUCACCCACAGAGUCCAGCAGCUGUAGUCGAGGGGCGACAUCUCCUCAGAGCUUAGUUAGUGACCCCAAAGUCCGCAACUGGAAGAAGUACAAGUUUAUUGUGCUGAACUCCACGGACAGAGUGAAUGACCAUAGCGCACCAACUCCAUCCCAAACAGUUACAGAAUCCACCAAUAAGGCUAAUGAAGAUACAACAAGAAGUCAACUCAAUCUUGACAGCAGCUCUACAGAUGAAUGCAUUCAAAAAGAGGAGUGUGGCUCAUCAUCUCCUCACCUCAGCACUUUGACAGAAGAGAGCAGCAUGGGACCCACAAGAUUAGAGAGGGGUCGACUAUACUGUAAUGAGUGUGACUCGAAGAACAAAUCGGACACAGAGAAGCCUCAUUGGGUACAGGACGGAAAGCCAUACAAAUGCAACUGCUGCCAAGCCAUGUUCCGCUAUAAAGGAAACCUAGCAAGCCACAAAUCUGUCCACACAGGGGAGAAGCCAUACCGCUGCAAUGUGUGUGGAGCUCAGUUCAACAGGCCUGCAAAUCUGAAGACCCACUCACGUAUCCACUCAGGAGAAAAACCAUACAAAUGUGAAACCUGCGGCUCUCGCUUCGUCCAGGUGGCUCAUUUGAGGGCUCACGUUCUGAUCCACACUGGAGAGAAGCCAUAUCCAUGUGACGUCUGCGGCACUCACUUCCGCCACCUGCAGACACUCAAGAGUCACCUACGAAUACACACAGGAGAGAAACCUUAUCAUUGUGAGAAUUGUGACCUACACUUCCGUCACAAAAGUCAGCUGCGACUGCAUCUGCGACAAAAACACGGCGCUGUCACAAACACCAAGAUUCAGUAUUGCAAAACAAGACCAGACCUUUAAGACCUGAAACAAAUAGAGGCUAAACAAACUUUCAAAGCAAAGCUAUCCUACAAGAACCUUGACAGACCUGCGCUACAUUAGUGGAACUGCCGUACAAAAAGCCAUCAAAUAAUACAGAUGCCUGCAUAUAUCUCUGUAAUGCCCUUACCUGUAUGUUUUCUCAAAUGAUGCAGUUGCAAAUUGUAUCUCUAAUAUGCAAGACUAAUUGACCAACAUGUUUAUAUUUUUGUGUACUUCCAAUCAGAUCUGCAAAAGCACUUGUCCACCCUGCAUGAUUUCAAAUGGAUAUCAUGAUAGCCAGUAAUAUUUAAAUAACAAAGUAAACAUUGACUUGCAAGCAUUGUAAAUCAAGUUCUUGUCAAUACAUCCCGUAAAGUCACCGAGUAGGCUGGAUUGCUCUAUAUUUGAACAAAUAUAUUUCAGUUAUUUAUUUCCAUUUGUGUACCGUUAAUGUUAUUUCACUCCCUUUCAGCCAAACUGUAUAUAAACUUUAGAUGAAAUGUACAAGGAGGUUAUUGGUAUAAAGGAUAUUUGUUUAUGCAUUUGCAGUGUAAAUGAUUAAUCACACCUCUGCUUUGGGAACUCUUAAAUGUGGUACUUUUAGGGCUCUACAUUAUCUGGCAAUAUUGUAUUUAGGCACGUGUUUGAUAUUGUACAGCUGUUUUUGGUACUAGAGGGCCAAAAGUCCUUUUAAAUUAAAUAUUUGGUAACAAACAAAUGAAGUGCAGAGUUCUAUUUUAUUUAUUUAACACUUUUUAGAAUUUUACAUUUACAUACAGAUUUUGUAUUGUACUAUAUGGCCAAAAGUAUCUGGAUGCCGAACACCACACACAUUUAUGUUCUUGUUGAGCAUUUCAUUUCAAAAUCAUUGGCAUGAAUAGUGAGUUGGUCUUUCCUGUAAGCUUCUACUCUUCUGGGAUAGCUUAAAAAAGGUUUUAAGACCAAUUAUUUUUAGAACAAACUAAAGAAUUCUCUCCUCAAACACGUUUCCACAGUCAUGAAUGUUCAUGUGGAGUUGGUUCACUCAUCCAGAUUGGCUCGUCACUAGAUGGAGCAAGGUCACCACAUUGGUUUCAUUCAACUACAAAGGGAUUGGUGAAGAGUUUGAGGUUUGGGCUCUUCCACACAUGUAUGAACUUUACUUUGUCCAAGUGGGGCAUUGUUUUGCUGGAACCUACAAAAUAUAAGUGUGAACCUAUUUUGAGAAAUAUAUGUAGUUAAAAAUCUAGACGUUUUACUUGAAAUCUUUUCUUUUAUAACGGUGUCUAAAACUAGCAAUUCACAUGUAUAGUGACUUGUUUUGUUUCUGUGUUAUGGAAUGUUGCCUAUAUGCACUAGCUACUUAAUCUUGAAUUAUUUACCAUAAGAAAUGGCCAGAUAGCAUUAUCUGGAAUUGCCUUACUGUAAUAAAGAUCGCAAGGAGUUGUAUGAUCUUUUUAAGAGACUAGAUUGUUUUUAUUUAAUUAUUUUCAAUUAUUUCAGCAGAGUAACAUUCGGAUUAAAGCAACAGUUCACCCAAAAAUGAAAAUUUUCUCAUCAUUUACUCACCCUCAUGCCAUCCCAGAUGUGUGUAACUUUCUUUCUUCUGUUGAACACACAUGAAGAUUUUUAGAAGAAUAUUUCAGCUUUGUAGGUCCAUACAAUGAAAGUGAAUGGUGACCAGAACUCAGAAGGUCCAAAAAGCAUAUAUUGGCAGCAUAAAGGUAAUCCAUAAGACUCCAGUAGUUUAAUCUGUGUAUUACGUAGCGAUCAAAUCGGUUUUGAAUGAAAACAUACUAAAAUAAAACUCCUUUUCACUGUACAUUUUGCCAUUGCAAUUUCUAGGCAUGAUCAUGAUUUCAAGCUUGAUUACACUUCCUAGUG